AUGCCUGGUCUGAAGAGCUUGCUCCCAACAGAGAAAGCGCUCAUGACUGCACUGCAGCGUCACAUCGAACAUUGCGGAAAGACCUGGCGACACGCUGCCUUCGUGGCGCCUCCACAGCACCUCGAGCUCCGGGAUGUCACAUCAUUCCGACCGGGAACUCGCCCCGCAGAGUGGGUUUUGGCGAGAUUCUUGAGGCUCUCAGCGCUCUACUCUGUGGCUGACAUGCUCCGAAGUGCUCGCUGUCCUCGACCAGUCGUCCAAGAUGCGGAACGACUUGCCUGGCCCACAGAUGACGACCUAGACGGCGCGGCGCGCAAUAUCUGCAGACUCCAGAUUGCGUACAGAAUCACGGCCGAAGACGUCAUGACGACGCUCUGCUCACCACAUCUGGUCAAUCAGAUGGUCCCAGACGACUCCCUGCCGCUGGCCGUCCACUGUUCCCUGAGCGAACCGACUGUCGCCGCCGCUUGGGUCGAGCGAAGUGGCGACAGGCGCUACUCUGAUUUCUUCGAUCGCCAUCUCCGGAACCUGGAAUCAACGGCCAAGGCGAAUUCGACGGCCUGGUACCAGGUCGUCGGUCAGCCGCCCGAGACGCCCUCAAUGUGGCUUUACCGGCAGGUCUUCAUGCGUGCAGUGCGCUCCGGCUUCCCCAGCAACACACCUUUCGGCGAGCUCUGCCGCGCUAGUCAGGACCUCGACGCGAGAACCAGCGGAAAUCGGCGCUGUUGGCUGUCAUCCGGAAAGCACGGUGCGGCGUCUCUCUCGCCUUUCGCGGUGGAGGAGUUGUCCGUGUCCGAGCCUCGGCUCUGGCUAGUGCACGACUUCUUGAGCCCAAGCGAGUGCGCAGCUGUUCGCCAGGAAGCUACCGAACUCGAGCCUGCCUUGGUGAGGCAGGUGGACGGACGAGACGACCAGCCUGAUACCAGGACGGCGGCCCUCACCUGGCUUGAAAACGCUGGGAGCGCGCGGAGAGUCUACCAACAUGCCAGUGCGAUCACGGGCCUCACGAUGGAGUUCGCCGAGAAACUGCAGGUACUCAACUACGCCGUCGGCGGACAUUUCAACGAGCACACCGACCCCUUGAGUGACGAAGAUGAGAAGGGUGAACGGCUGGCCACGCUUCUGGUGUACCUGAAUGACGUGGAUCGGGGUGGCUCCACCGCAUUUCCCAGGGCCGAUCUCUCCAUUAGGCCCCGUCGUGGUUCGGCGCUUUUCUGGUUCAACCUGAAGCAAGAACCGGCGGAACGUCAGCGACAAAUAGACUACAGCACCACGCAUGGCGCCUGCCCGGUGCUUCGUGGAUCCAAGUGGAUUGCCACGCUCUGGAUACAUGAGCGGUCACAGCCAUGGGACCUUGACUACUCCCUUCGGUAG